AUAUAAAGUCCAAAUUACGUUGACAGAGAAUGAGGACAUUAUUAUCCCAAAAAUUACGUGGGAAUGAAAACGCAUAUUGCUAUAGUUAGCAUGCUGAAACGUUCUGACUUCAGAGCUCACAACUCCUUAUUUCUCUCUCCUCCUUCCCUUCCUUCUUUCUCUUCUCUCUCAAUUUUGAUCAACACACACAUAUAUCUAUAUUUAUAUGUGAUCAUGAGGCUAUCUCACCUGAAAAAAAAAAUCUCCCACAGUUUACCACAAGCUUCAACGAAAGAGAAAGAGAAAGAGAAAGAGAAAGAGAUUUAUUGGAAAUUGCAGAAGCUCAAGUAGCUCCCUGGCGAGGUCUAUUAUCUGACAAUGUGCAACGCACGCCCUCUACUCUCACUUUGUCUUCUCCUCAGCUUGGUACUAGCUUCGGUCUCUGUUCAGCCUCAGGGUCCAUGGCUAACUCUUAACGGAAAAUCGCCUGUGGUGAUUGCCCAUGGUGGAUUUUCUGGGAUAUUUCCUGAUUCAAGCUAUGCUGCGUACAAGUUCACAUCGGUAGCCACCUCACCCAAUACAGUGUUGUGGUGUGACGUGCAAUUAACCAAAGAUGGUAUUGGAAUUUGCUUUCCAGAUAUCAGGCUAGACAAUGGCACUGAUAUUAAUGAGUUCUCUAGGAAUAAGCCAAAGACGUACCUUGUUAAUGGCAAAUCUAUCACUGGAUGGUUUCCGUUGGAUUACAAAUUCAAACAGCUAUCAAUCUUCUCUGUUCGUCAAGGUGUCUUCAGCCGCACGAAUAAGUUUGAUGGAAAUGCGUUCUCAAUUCUCUCAGUUGACCAGAUGAUUAAAGAAAUCAAACCAAAAAACUUAUGGUUAAAUAUUCAACAUGAUUCGUUCUUUACAAAACACAAUUUAAGUAUGACAAAUUUUGUACUCUCUCUAUCUGAAAGGGCAGUUAUCAAUUAUAUCUCAUCGCCAGAGAUGGCUUUCUUAAACAAUAUCAAGCAAAAAAUCAAUACAACAGUGACAAAGCUAGUCUUUCGGUUUCCAGCACAAAAUGAGGUUGAUCCUUCAUCAAACCGGACAUAUGAUUUUUUCUUGAGAAAUCUUAAAUUAAUUAAAACGUUUGCCUCUGGAAUUAUUGUUCCUAAAAGUUACAUAUGGCCUACCAACACAAAAUCUUAUUUGCUUCCACAUACUUCUCUUGUCUUGGAUGCUCACAAAGAAGGGUUGGAGGUAUAUGCAUCGGAGUUUAUGAAUGAUGUCCCUCUAAGCUAUAAUUAUAGUCAUGAUCCAGUAGCUGAGUACCUGAACUUCUUUGACAAUGGGAAAUUCAGUGUUGAUGGGGUGUUAUCUGAUUUUCCUAUCACUCCAUCAGCGGCCAUAGAAUGCUUUGCUCACCUAGGAAACAACGCUACAAAACAAGCAAAGCCUUUGGUUAUCUCAAAAUGCGGAGCAAGUGGAGACUAUCCUGGUUGUACUGACAAGGCUUAUGCCAAGGCAAUUAAUGAUGGUGUGGAUGUACUUGACUGUCCAGUCCAACUAUCAAAGGAUGGGAUACCAUUUUGUUUAACCUCUAUAAAUCUAUUAAGUAGCACAAAUGUGGCUAAUUCUAGUUUUAGCAAUUUUAAAAUGAGUGUUCCACAGAUCAUUGAGAAUGGCACUGGAAUAUUCUCCUUCAACUUGACAUGGGAUGAUGUUCAAAAGUUAAAACCUGUUUUAUUAAGCCCCUAUUCAUCAUUCACAUUAUACCGGAAUCCAGCGAACAUUAAUGAAGGCCGUUUUGUGUCAUUAUCUGACUUUUUAGCCAUAGCAAAGAAUUCCAGCUCUCUUACUGGCAUCAUGAUUAGCAUAGAGCAUGCACCCUAUCUUGCAGAAGAGCUAAGCUUAAGCGUUACUGAUGCAGUGGGUAGCGCCCUGAGCAAAGCUGGUUUCGACAAACAGACAGCCUUAAAAGUUAUGAUACAGUCUACUCAUAGUUCAGUUCUAAAAGAGUUCCAAGGCAAAAACAAUUAUGAACUCGUGUACAGAAUCGAUGAGCAAAUCCGAAGUUUUGAUGAUCUUUCCUUGAAGGACAUCAAGAAGUUUGCGCACUCAGUGACUGUUGACAAAUCCUCUAUCUACCCAGAUAAUAUGUUAUUUUUGACUGGUGCUACAGAUGUUGUGAAAAAGAUUCACAGCCACAAGCUUCCUGUUUACGUACAAACAUUCAGCAAUGAGUUUGUAUCACAAGCAUGGGAUUUCUUAUCCGAUCCAACUGUGGAAAUAAAUUCUUAUGUCAUGGGAGCUAAAGUUGAUGGUAUAAUCACAGAGUUCCCAAAAACCACUGCUAGAUACAGAAGUAACCGUUGUUUGGGAUUGGGUGACAACACACCACCUUACAUGAGCCCUGUUGAGCCUGGCAGUCUGAUGGAACUUAUUACACCUCCUUAUAUGCCACCAGCUGAGUCUCCAGACCCAGUUCUGGUAUCGGGCGAUGUGGUUGAGCCACCUUUGUCAUCUGUCUAAGCCUUACACCAAUGAAACCAACAUCACACAAUAAUAAUGCGCAGCCUAUGCUCCUUCCUGCUCUCCUCAAACUGGUGUAUAAAUAUAUAUAAUACUUAUAUAUAUUUAUAUGUAUAUGUCUUUGGCAUUGCUUGAUACUCAAUUGUGUUGGAGAUUUUUGCUGCUUCAAUAUAAGGCAAAUCCAUUGUUUUACGGAUCCCUUUCUUCUACUGUGAAUUUCUUGUGUUGAUGUUAUAAUUAUCUUCAUUCUUUUCCAAAUGCUAAUUGUUGAAAAUGUUGAGCGGUAGUGUGACCCUAUAGACUGAGAUAUUGUAAUUUGUUAUUUAUUAUAACAAAAUAAAUAUAAUUUUAUUGUAUAUUUGCC